AUGUCUGCCCUCCUCUCUUCAUCCUCCGACCUAACAACUUGGCGCACACGUGCCCAGCCUUACCCUUCCCCCGACACGUACUCUCCGGUUCGCGCCAACCUCGCUCUCGUCGUCCUGCGCAACAGCCAGGUCGAGCAUUUCGGCUUCACCCUCGCGGUAUUCAAAGAUAAAGUCGCCAUCGAUGCCAAUGGCAACGUCCUUGUUCUCUCAGAGGAGGAUUACACCAACAUGAUGGCUCUCGCCAACGAGGCGGUGGAGCUCCCUGACACGGGCUCCUUCAGGAAUACGUGGAGGGUUGAGCAUCCUGUCACUGAGAAGCCCAUCGAUCGGCUCUUGAUUGCCGUUGGUACUGACAUGAAGGAGGUCAGCGUGCAGGGCUAUGACAAGGAGAAGAAGACUUUGAAGAAUCCCGUUGGUGAUAUCACAGAGCUCCCAUCCGUACUAAGUGACUUGGUGGAAGCCGUUAUGAAAGGCAGAGAGGGAUAUACCUUCCGCAGGAACCAAGUCGAUUCAGAGGCAGUUCAGAAAGUGAAGUCUAUUUUGGGCGAGGUGUAA